AUGUUCCUGUCGUGGGAGGCAAAGGAAUACUUCAGUCUUGGGGGGCCGCCCGUCGUUGGAGUAACUCUGCCCCCCAGUUGCUUCAAGAAGGAUACGCACUCGUACGAUCCAUCUUCUUCGCUUUCCGAUUUCGGAUUCAUAUCUGACCAGCUGGUUAUUUUGAAACAGCACAGGAAUUUUGCAUUUCAAGUAGCCACACCAACCGGUUGGGAUGUCUGUAUCUGCGACGAUGCGAUGAUCAAGGAGUACCUCAAUGCUUCUGAUGAGUACCUAUCUUCCACAGCUCCAAUUCAAGGAUUCUUUCAGUCCAAAUUUACGGCGCCCGGCUUAUUUCACAAAAUACCCAGCUCAAUGAUGAGCAAAGCAUUGACCUGGUCCCGAACGCGCACCAGAUCAGCAGACGAAUACUUUCCAAGCUUCGUCGAAGAGCUCAAGUACUCGUUCGAACAAGAGAUUACUAAACACAUGGAUGUUGAUGACGGCUGGAAUCAAUUCGACUGUUAUACAAUCGCCCGACGCCUUGUAAUGGGGCUUGUUGCAAAGUUACUGGUAGGCGAUGUGUGUCGAAAUCCAGAGAGCAUCGAUCUCUUCUGUGACUAUACAGCUGAAAUGAUAGUUGGGGGACCAUAUAUCCGGGGCUUUCCCGAAUUUCUGAAACCUAUUAUAGCACGCUCAUCUCGUGUUGUGAAGCUCUCAAACAGGAUGCAGAAGCUCUUUCUCAGUCAGAUCAAUAGACGAAAGAUCAAGUCAGAGGAGAUGGCAAAAGAAGGAAGGCAGCCUGAGGACCUAACAGACUGGUUCUGGCGAUGGUCCCAGCAGAGCAAAGAUAAUAGUCUGAGUGAGUUAGACAUCGCCCAGCUGCUUGCUGCAAACACUUUCGGAGCCAGCUUCAACACAACUGUGGUCCUUGUCCAGUGUCUCUACGAGCUUGCCACCAGACCAGAAUACGUCAAUCUCAUCAGACAAGAGGUGAUCAUGACUCUUCAAGCCAAUAACAAUACUUGGACUAAGGAGGGAAUCGACUCAAUGAAAAAAUUGGACAGCUUCAUCAAGGAAUCCCAUCGGUACAACUGCUUCGAUCUUGCCGGAACCCCUCGAGUUGUCAAGAAAGAUUUUCAAUUUAAAAAUGGUCUUCGCAUUCCGAAAGGGACAGUUCUCUUGACGCCAAAUGCGGCAAUGUUAUUUGAUGAAAAGUUUGUGAAGAGUCCCUUUGAGUUUGACGGUUUGCGAUUCUAUGACCUUGCCAAUGGAUCACAGACCCCCGAAGCAUUCAGAUAUACUUCUACAAAUGCUCAUUAUCUUCAAUUCGGGGAUGGAAAACACGUCUGCCCGGGUCGCUUUUUCGCAGCGGAUGAGCUUCGGCUUAUUCUAGCAUAUCUGAUCUUUCACUUCGAAAUCAAGAUACAGGGGGUCAUGCCGGAAAACUUCAAGAUAAAGAGACAUAACCUGCCGCACUUAGGAUUGAAUGUUCUACUGAAGAAGAUUGAAAGAUAG